AUGGUGACGCAAGGUAGUCUUCAGAUCAACCCUGUGGAGUAUAUUGAAGAUAAAAAAGCAGGGAGCCUGGGAUGUAUUGGUUGGCUGUUGGUUAUCAUAUCCCUACUCUUCGCAGCAGUGACCUUUCCAGUCACAAUUUUUAUGAGUUUUAAGAUAGUGAAAGAGUAUGAGCGAGCUGUCAUUUUUAGACUCGGCCGGAUCAUAGACAGGAAGCCUAAAGGACCAGGACUUUUCUUUAUUAUACCCUGUACUGAUGACUUUGUGAAGGUCGAUCUGAGAACUGUGUCAUUUAACAUCCCUGCACAAGAGUUCCUAACCAAAGACUCAGUGACCGUGUCUGUGGAUGGUGUGGUGUACUUCCGCAUAUACUGCCCAAUCUCAUCUGUGGCCAAUGUGACAAACGCACCCUCAUCUACACAUCUGCUGGCUCAAACCACCCUGAGGAAUGUAAUCGGCACCAAACUCCUUUCAGAACUGUUGUCGGACCGAGAGGGCAUAUCACACAAUAUGCAGGCAGCUCUGGAUGCAGCCACUCAUCCGUGGGGUAUUAAGGUGGAACGUGUGGACAUCAAGGGUCCUCAACAGCUGCAGAGAGCCAUGGCAGCAGAGGCAGAGGCCACUCGGGAGGCUCGGGCUAAGUUCAUAGCCGCAGAGGGAGAGAUGAACGCCUCGAGAGCACUGAAAGAAGCCUCUUUGGUCAUUGCCGAGUCACCCUCUGCUCUCCAGCUGCGAUACCUGCAAACCCUCCAUUCCAUCGCAGCGGAGAAGAACUCAACCAUCAUCUUCCCUCUGCCCAUAGAUAUAUUGCAGAAUUUCAUGCAGACAAAGUGA